AUGCAGACAUUAAAUGAUUAUGAAAUAAUAGAAAAAUUAGGUUCUGGUUCUUAUGGGGAUGUAAUGUUGGCCAAAUAGAAAGAAAGCGGAUUAUUAGUUGCAAUUAAAACCUUAGAGAAAAGAUUAUUAAUAAAGGUUAGCUAAUUGAUUUAUAAAAAGGAAAAAAAAUAAUAUUAGGUUUUUAUUGAAAAAGAAGUCUUAACUUAAGUGAAGCAUCCUGGGUUGAUUAAUUUAAUUGCUAGUUUUCAGAGUUCAUCAUAAAUAUAUUUAGUGCUAGAAUUUGUAGAGGGGGGGGAUUUUGCAAAUUUUCUAAAAAUUAAUAAAAAUAUUUCAUAAUAAAAUAUAGUUUUUUAUUCAGCAGAGAUUGUAAGCAUAUUAGAAUAGUUACAUUCAAAUGGAAUAGCUCAUAGGGAUGUAAAACCAGAAAACAUUAUGGUGGCCAAUAAUCUACAUAUAAAGAUGAUUGACUUUGGAACUGCAAAUUUUUUUGAUGAGAGAGGAUUAAAUGAGAGUGUAAGAGACAAAUUAAAUGAAUUACGAGAGAUUAGUUAACAAGAUGAAAGAUUCAUGGAUGAAAUUGAUUAAUAUUAAUAAAAACACAAGGCUACAUUUGUUGGGACAGCUGAAUAUGUAUCACCAGAGUUAUUAGAGGAUGAUAUAUGUGGUCCUUAAUCAGAUUUAUGGGCAUUGGGGUGCAUAAUUUAUAAAAUGUUCACAGGAACAACUCCUUUUUGUGAUUAGACAGAAUAUUUAGUAUUUUAGAAGGUCAGGGCUUGCUAGUAUUAAAACAGCAAUAAAAUUCCUUAGGAUGCAAUGGAUUUAAUAAGCAAACUAUUGGUAAGAGAUCCAUUGAGCAGAUUGGGAGGAGGAUUACCUAAUUCAAAGAAUACCUAUAGGGAACUUAAGAGCCAUCCUUUCUUUAAGGAGAUAAAUUGGGAUUAAUUAUGGAGUAUCAAGGGACCAGAUGAUGUUUAAAUUCAUUUGAAGAAGUCGACUUCAACAUAGGAAUUAUAGUUAAAGAAACAAAGUUCAGCUUUGAAACCAGAAGUAGUAUUGACUGGAUUAGUGAAUAAGAAGACUGGUUGGAUGAUUUAUAAGUUACGUAAUAUGAUUCUAUAUGAUUACGAAAUUCCAAAAUUGGAAUAUUUUGACCCUAAUACAGGAAUGAAGAAAGUAAGUUAAGAAUUUAUGAUUAAAAGGGAUAAAUUAUUUUGGAUAAGAAUGUGA